AUGUUUGAAUUUCAAUGUACAGAUGAUAUUUUUAGAGAAGAUCUUAUCCUUAUAGAAAAGCUAAAGGAGAAAUGGCAUGAAUUGCAUGUGAAUACGAGCAUUUUUAGAUACAAAUUAGGGACAUUAAAAGAAAAGCUAGCCGGAAAUUAUGUGCUACAGUUAAACCAUGAUAGAAGUGUAAAAAGAAGACAGCCUGAACAUAUGACAGAUAUUUGCCAGCCAUUUGAUGAAAAUAAAUUUAAUUUCUCAAAGGUAUCAAGUCAAGAAGUUCUCUACAAAUUUUGGAAUAAAGAUACUGCCACAAACAUACAUGCAAUUGUUGUCAAUGUUAGCCCUAUAAACUACUACCAUUCACUACUAUGUCCAUCUAUUUAUCAAAUGCUUCCACAAGUGGUCACACUGGAUAGUCUGAAGUUAAUUUUAUAUAUACAUUCAGUGUCCCAGGAUUGUGACCUACGGAUUGCUUUUAACAGCUUAUGUGCAUUGGCUUCAGUGAAUCACUUACAUUAUCAUCUAGUAUUUGAAAAACAAAAAUUGCCUAUUGAAUAUGCUAACUGCAUAAAUAUCAAAGGACCACUAUGGUUGAUGGAAAACUAUCCAAUACCAGGAUUUUGCUUUGAUGGCAAUGCCAAAAAUGCAGCGGAGGAUAUUUUUAAACUCAUCCAAUAUUUUUUGUCAAAUUCCAUCGCCCAUAAUAUAUUCAUAACUAAAGGCUGUUCUUUUAAUAACGGAGAUGAUAUAACAAGGGUGUUUGUUUGGGCGAGAAAAAGUACAACUGGUGCCAAGCAAUUGGCUGCAUUUAAUGUUGCUGCGUUGGAGUUCGGGGGAUAUUUUGCUGUGUAUUCUGAUGAAGAUUUUGAAAAUCUCGAAGUUCAGGAUUUAGACAGAGAACUAGCAAAAUGGAAAUUAGAUCAUUUUGACCAAUUAUGUAAAGAUGUUGAGAAAUUGUUUCUAUGA